CCCCAGUUGCAGAGACCCCAGUCCAGCCUUGACUGUUGCUCUUUAACUAAGAUUUGUAGCAGAACCUCUUUGUUUUGAAGACUUGCUUUUGAGGCCCCAGCGACUUGCUAUGAGAGAUGUAAAAGGUGCACUUGCCUCUGAGAGUGUCCUGAGCACAUCCCUAAUCCAACUGAGAAGCUGUAGUUGUAAGUAACAGAUGCUUCUCUCUCUCUCUUGCUCUCCCCUAAGCAUGGUGGGAAAAAUCUGGAGGAAAUCCUGAUUUCCACUCCUCAGACUCCAGCCCAUGGAGCACUGGCAAAGCUACGGACGGAGGAAGUGCCGAGUUCCCAGCAACCAAUAGACGAGGACUUUGGAAAAGGCCCCUGGAUUGCCAUGAAAACCGAGCUGCGGUUGGAUGAAAGAGACCCCUCCUGUUUCCUCAGGACGUAUAGCGUGGCCAUGGUGCUGAGGAAGGCAGCGCUGAAGCAGCUCCCGAAGAACAAGGUCCCCAGCAUGGCGGUGAUGAUCAAGUCACUGACGCGCACCAAUGUUGACGCUGGUGUCGUGUUCAAGGAUCCUACCGGAGAGAUGCAGGGGACAGUGCACCGCCUGCUGCUGGAGGAGAGACAGAGCGACCUGAAGGCCGGUUCAGUGCUUCUCUUAAAGCAGGUGGGGGUGUUCUCCCCGUCCCACCGCAAUCACUACCUCAACGUGACCCCCAACAAUCUGGUGAAGAUUUACCUGGCGGAGUCCAGGGCCGGGAGCCCCCUGCAGCCGUCACAGGAGCCUGGGGAGAUGGGAGACGGGACGGUGCCAGUGUCCUUAGAGUUACAGUGCAAUGCCAAGCAGAGAGCUGUGCUGGGGGCGUCUCCUGUGCUCUGUGAGGUCCAAAGCCCGGCUAAAUUCCAGCAGGACUCCCCAGAAAAUCUCUCCGGGGGUGCUCCCAACCCCAGGAGCACAUGGAGCUCCAGGAGGGAUGGAAACAGCAGCUGGCGGACGGAACCAUCCUGCCAUGGAGACAGCAUGUCGGGGUCAAACAGACCUUCCCAAGAGGAGCCCCCGGGGGCUGAAGCCUGUGACCUGGACGAUCUGGAUGGGCUCCUAGGACAGCUGCCGGAGGACUUCUUUUCUGCUUCUGCCAUGGAGAGCAGCCGGUGACCCUCUCUGGAGCUACGAGGCGAAGAUCCCCCAGCCAGCAUGGAGCCGGAUGGUCAGUCAGCCAGGGGCAGCACCCGGGCUGAAUCCAGGCAGAGCAAAGAUUCUGAACAGCGAGGUGACUUGUGUGCCUUAAGUAUCCUGUAUAUGUUUAUGAAUGGUAAGUUUGUUGUGUGUCUGGGAGCUGUGCUGACGGAUAGUCUGGGACUCUCGUACAGAACAGGGGCGACGCUGGCAGCCCUGAUGUGAAAUGAUUCCUGCCUUGUUACCGCUGUGCCCUUCCAGCAGCACCCUGGCAGUCUUUGCUUGGUGCCUUUGACUGAUCGCGACCCGCGAGUGAUACAGCUUUCCCUGCUUGUAUCUGAUUCCUGCAUUAAAUGGGUGUUCGGUACCUUUCACGUGUGACACUCUUUCUUCAGCUGCCCCGCUUUCCUCCCCUUCGAUUUUAUGCAAAGCCAGCCUGUCUCCUAGCCAGGGGAGCAUGGUGCUGUGUGGGGAGGCUUCUGUUAACUGGAGCAUGUCUCCUUUAAAGCAUUAACAUAGAGCUGGCUGGGUUGCUUUUGGGAGUGAAGGAAUCCCAGGCCGUGCUCCUGCAACGUGCCCAUUGACCUCACUGGGGGGAGACGUGUGCAAGGACUGCUCGAUCAGCCCGUAACAGGACUGGAGCUGCAGCUGAGGACAACAGAGUUCUUGAUAUUUGAAGCUGGAUCCUCCCCGCCAUUGGGCAACUGCAACUCCCAGCAAAUUCCCCGAGAAUCAAAGGCGCUCGGUACCUUUCACUGCUCCCCGCAGACAAAGGCUUGUAUCAAAUGCAGCUGCGUCGACGUCGUUCUCCACUGGGCAUCGGGAUGGCAACCAGGCCAGCCGGAAUCCCUGUGUUGUGCUUGAGAUGGUGACGGCGUCGCUCACCUCAUGUCCUGAGUGCCGGGGCCAACCUUUUCCCCUCUGCUCACCUCGCUUCCUGGCACCCUGCUGAUCUGACAGCUCUGUUCUUCUGUGAAAUCUUCCCAGGCCCUGGCCUUAAGGGGAUGCCAUCGGGUUGUAAAAAAAAAAAAA